CAGUCAUUUCGAUUUCGUAGCUUAGUUGAGUUGAUACUCUAAUCCAGCAUGUUUGUUGUCCUCUGCUUUUGCUUUUCUGUUUGAUUCAAGGGCGGCAUUUUUGCUUUUUCCUGAUUUUGUGCUGAGACUCUGUUGGUAAAUUUCCAAAAGCCCUUUAUCUUGAAUUUUGAGAAGUUUCCCUUUCUCUGAGGUUGCGUUGGCGAUGUGACUGAGUUAGCCAGUGGUUUCCUGUGUUGUGGGUGUAGUUGCCGAACUAGAUUGGACGAAUCAAGUCUCUAAAAGUGUUCAUGAAUGAUUGGUUAAAACGGCGUUUUCUUCUGGUCUGUCGGAAUUUUGGUUUGGUGUUGGUAUCCGGACGAGAAUCUAGAAUGCUGCUACCUGGCUUUUUCUGCCCCUUUGUUUUACACUUUACCUUUUCUCUGAAUGCUGGAGAACUGUUUGAAGUUUUCUUUUUCGAUAGCUAUAUGGCAUUUUGUUAAUUGUGGAAGCUUCCAAGAAACGAUGUUUUUAUACGUAUUCAGAAUCUGAUGGUUAGUUACGUUCAAACUAAGGUCGUUAUAAGAUUUUUCCCCUCUUUAAAGUAUUGAAGUUCUUAAAAUCGAUCACUUCUUCCUUUGCUCAUGCUCGAUUCCGUUUCUACCUGGAAGUUCCAGGCUUCAAAAAAAUUUAACAGAGAACAAUGCUUUGUAUGCACCUCAUGUGAUAAUUGCUUUUAGCGCAUCAGUUACUGGGGGGAAAAAAAAAAAAAUGAAAUCAGAGCAUUGAUUUUAAAUUAACCAAGAUGAGGGAAAAUAAUUUGCGUAGGGAAGAUUUGGUCAAGCUUGUAUUCAUGACGGUGAAUCCUGUUCUUGCAUCUGUUCUAGUGAAGCCAUUUCUUUCUAAUCACCCUUUUCCAGAACAGGUCCUUGUGGUUCAGCAAGAGUGUACUAUCACCUAGCCUUGGCUUCUUACCAUCUAAUCACUGACAUAUUGUGAUCUAUGACGAUAAAUGUGCGGUACUGAUGUUCUUACAAGACCUGCUUUGAAAAUGUUUGAAUCAGGGUGCUGGGAGACUUUAAAACUAGUUUUUGGGGACUUUAAGGAAGAGUAAACAAGACCAUGUCAAAUAGUAGAAACACUCAUUGGUGUUAUAGCUGCAGGAGCCCAGUACAGCUGCGGGGGCGAGAUGUGGUUUGCCCUAAUUGUAAUGAGGGAUUUAUUCAAGAACUUAAUGAUAUGGUCAUCAACCCACUAGACUUCUUUGGCCUAGACAAUGCUACUGAUGAACGAGACCGGAUGUUCAGAAUUAUGGAAGCCUUCUCUGCCUUUACGAGGCAUCGACCGGUAAAUAGAAGUCAUAGGCAUGACAUCAUAGUUGGAUCAGAUUCAAUUCCUGAACAUGGUCCAGGGUAUGCUCCUUUGCUGCUCUUUGGUGGCCAGAUUCCUGUCAGACUGUCUGGACAUGGUGGCUUUGAAGCUCUUUUCAAUGGGACUCCUGGAAUUGGUCUGAUGCAAGGCAAUACAGGUGAUUAUUUUAUCGGUCCUGGACUGGAAGAACUGUUCGAACAGCUUUCAGCUAAUGACAGGCGAGGUCCUCCUCCAGCUUCCAGGUCCUCAAUAGAUGCAAUGCCUACCAUUAAGAUCACACAUAAGCUUCUUCGUUCAGACUCACAUUGUCCAGUAUGUCAAGAUAAAUUUGAGCUGGGGUCAGAAGCAAGGCAAAUGCCAUGUAAACACAUAUAUCACUCAGAUUGUAUUGUUCCCUGGUUAGUACAGCAUAACUCCUGUCCCGUUUGUCGCCAGGAGUUGCCACCACAAGGAUUGAGCAGCAACCGUGGCUCCAAUGGUAGAACUAGAAGCAGUUCUGAUAGCAGUAGCGGCAAUGGAAGGGUAAAUGGUAGGGAGAACCAGGGAAGGCGGAACCCAUUCUCUUAUUUUUGGCCUUUCCGUUCAUCUAAUUCUAGCAACAAUGGAGCAGGGGGAAGCGGCUCACCAACACAGCCUAUCCCUGAGAAUAGCCACCACGCCGGCUAUUCCGGAUGGCCAUUUGAGUAAGUGCCGCGUGUGUACGGGACAUGCUCUUCGCCCAAUUCCUUGUCAUUGAAAUUGCUCAUGUGGAGUAAUAAAGUGGUUGUGAAUGCUGAAAAUGGCGAGACUUUAGUUAGCCAGUUUGAGUUAUGCUGUUUAAAAUGUGUGAAUUGUGAAAAUUUGUGUACCAAAACGUGUGGAGAUCGUGUAUAAAUUUUGCACUUCUAGAUAUGAUUCAUGGUCGGAGGAUUCAAUUCAAUUCAUCCUUUGUUUUAAUUUUUCGUUCCUAA